AUGUCUCCCGGUGCAAUCUUGACGCGUACAGCGUUCAACACGCUACCCAUAGAGCUCAACAAGGCCAUCGCACACUACUUAGAAACCGACAAAGACAUCGUCUCCUUCCGCCUAGUCUGUCGUGGCACCAAUGACGCUAUCGACGCAGACCAUGGGACGUUCUGGCGACACAUGUUUCGUAAGAAUUACGCCUUCAAGGACGGUCUGACCAACAAGGAGCUGAGGAGGAUGUAUCAGCGUCGCGCAAAGAUGCUUCGACGUGGUACAGGCUACGACUUCUUUCGCGGCUACAAGAAGCGUGAGCAAGACGUCGUGGAAGUUCUGAAAGACCUGAUUGUCGAGUCGUUCCAAGGCACCGUUAGCUUUGACGAAUAUGGACGACCGCGUUGCAAGAACCAGGACCGGUUGUUGGAGUUUGUCCUCAACUCGAAGAUCCUCCUCAACGACCGGCGUCCACCAGAAGAAGCCAGCAGGGCGGAGAAGGGCGAGAUCAAAGGCAUGAACCCAAUGCUAGUUGCCGUGAAGAUCAUGUGCUCGCCCCUUGUCUUCGAACAUGAGAAUAUUAAGCAUCAUGUCUUCGCUGUCGAGCAGCUGCAACGAGCAGUUUAUGCCGCGACCAACAAGGCCCCGAUAUAUGAAGGCUUGGACCACACUGAUCUGAAUGUGGAAUGGAUUAUGAAGUGUCUUGAUUUCUUUCGUCAUCACAUGAUGAACCAGGAAGUUAUGACGCUCAGCGACGCUAUGGAGAAUCUGUCUACUUUGCAGAAGCCUACGGUGUGGCAGGGUCCUUUGCAGAAAGGCGCCUUUCCCCUUAGCAAACAUUGGAAAGGCACAUACUCUUUCCUCGAUUCCAACGAACAGCGCAAGAUUAGAGCUCUUCCAAAUGACGACGACAGCGAGAUCUACUUCAGCGACAAAAAUGUUGAUGAAGGCAAGAUCCAGUCUCUGGAGCUCGAUUUCGAUCCGGAUCACCAACUGAAGUGGCCCUUGAUUUUCGAAGAACGUCUAAAGUCUCUACGAAGCAAUCUUGAGUCCAACGUACCUCUCAAGACGCAGGGCCGCAGCAAGUUCAAAGAUGCCGCGGGUGGCAACCUUCAGUUUAUGGGCACAGGCACUGACCUUGAAGACGACUUCCGCGCCAUUGGUUGGCUCAACGCUCUUCCUGACCAGUGCGGAAUCCCUGGAUGGCAGCGUAUCACAUUCAUGAAGCAUUUUGCAGAAGAUCUUGACGAUGUCGAUUCGGAUAACCUUUGGGCGUACGAGGGUGUGGUCCUACCUGGAGGCCGUAUUAUCGUCGGCCGAUGGUGGUUUGCUUCCGAGACUGUGGACUUCAACCGUGAUUACAACGGCCCCUUCAUCCUCUGGGCUGCGGAGCCUGACAAUUUCGAUGAGACAAGCGACGACGAAUCUAACAACUAACAAGAGAUCAAAGCCUUCCAUCUCUCUAG